AGGACGAUGUUCUACCACUAGACCAUGGAGGCAAUCUCCUGCAGACAGACCUUGUACACAUUCAGACAUUUUUUGUUGUAGGAUGACGAUGAGUUUAAUGCCAACAUUGAUUAAAGCCACUGAUGAAUGACAUUAAACAGUGAAGAAUGUUCCACGAUAUGGAUUAGAACGAUAUACCUAGUGGCUGAUUAUUAAUCGGAUGGAGAAAGGUGAAGUCCAGACAGAUGAUAGUGAGACAGAGCAUGGAGGAUGUACACCAGCAAAGUGCAGGAGGAAUCACAAUGACGGGGACACGUCAUCAGCCGGGGAAAACAUGGAGCUUGCAGGUACUCCCACGAACAACCCUCAAGGAACAACUGAAGGAGCAGGCAGUAUUGCGGAUGAUGCAGAAGAUAAAGAUGUUGAUGAAGAGAGUGCUGACGAAUGUCUGUUUGAUGACAUCACAGAUGAGGAAGAGGGGGAAGGAAUAGAAGACAUGUCACAGCUUGGAGCAGGUGCUGUAGCGGUCAAAUUCCAGACUGUCCAACAAGAGUCAUACCAACUUGUAUCUAAAGAUACCACGGCACUGGCACACCACAUCAUUGGAUGUUGUCAACAACCAGAGGGCGAAAUAACAUCAGCACCACAGCAACAUCAGGGGACGCAACUCCAACCAGCUUCAGCUGGUGAUGUUGAUCAGACAAGUCAGGGACAACUGCCCAUAACUACAUCUUGUGUAGUUCCUAACACAACCAGUCUACAGGUCCCGACAACAGCAGCCCAGAUACCAGUGUCCACAACUACAUCUUGUGUAGUUCCUAACACAACCAGUCUACAGGUCCCUACAACAGCAGCCCAGAUACCAGUGUCCACAACUACAUCUUGUGUAGUUCCUAACACAACCAGUCUACAGGUCCCGGCAACAGUAGCCCUGACACCAGCUUCCAUGUCAUCUCUUCUACCCAGAUUACCAGGAUCGUCCGGGCUACCUGAGGUACCAGUGGCUGGUGAUUCCCGUGGAGUGGCCCAGUACAACCUUAUCUACGUACGGCAACAGUUUGGAGAUGUGACAGUCCCGGGCGCCAGGAAUGUGAACAUUGGUGGCACACAGACUGUUGGUGCAACUCAGACCCCGGUGGAAGAGGAGAAGCCACUGACUGCAGCACAGAAGAUCAGGAAAAGAACGGAAUCCAGGAUACAGUCGUGGACUAAAGACAUGGUGGAGACAGAAGCCCUCCAGAAAGUGACGGAGAAGCUGGACAGAGGAGCAACAUGGGUGACAAUUAAAGGAAGGCCAGGAGAGGGGAAGUCUACAAUAGCCUACAUGGCCCUCAAAGAUCAGCACAUUCAGGGGAGACAAGUGUAUCAGGUGGUGUCACCGGAGGAGUUCAACGAGGUCAUAACCGCCAGCACUAACCCUGUCAUUAUGUUAGAUGACAUAUUCGGUGAUCUGGAAUUUGAUGUAGCAGAAUGGGCCAAGUGGAGACCAAGUCUACGACCUAUUGUGGAUGUGAAAGAUCCUGAUAAAUAUACUGAAAUAGAUUCUUUACACAAGUCCACUAAAACUGGAAAAGUUUCAGACAGAACAACAGAUGAGCAAGCACAGCGAAAAAAAAUAGGACCAAACAAGGACAAAACUAUCAUUAUCCUCGUAGGCCGUGAUUAUGUGUUGAAAUCCUCAUUGACAGACUUGGGAAGGAUGGCAGAUUAUAUAAAUUCUCCCCAAUACAUGGUGGAAGUUUCCUCACAGAGAAACUCUUUCGAAAAAAGAAGGAUUUGGAAUGUUCAUGCUAAAACCAAAAGCAUAGACUUUGAGAACUCAACUGUGUCUCAGAUAUGUCAGGCUGAGUGUCCACACGGCUUUCCUCACGUGUGUAAAAUGUUUGUCACAACAUAUGAAAAGGAUCAGACUCAGCUUCCAGUGGUGGCUUUCUUUCACAAGCCUAUCGCGUUCCUCAACAAGACUGUGGAUAAAUUUCUUAAAGAUAAGAUAAAGCGUUCACUGUUCAUGGCUAUGAUUGAACGAGAUGGGAAGAUUAGUGGACAAGAGAUGGAGGAGGAGGAGGAUAACCUUGGGUAUGAAUGCAGAGCAGCUGCUGAUGAUAUGGUUGGAUCUUACCUCAAGAAGGAAGGUGACAUGUACAUGUUCGACCAUCCAUCUAUCUACGACAGCGUGGCUCUAAUUCUCACUACACUACAAUCAAAGUUUGUCAUAAGAAAUUGUAGUUUGUCAUUCAUCCAUCAGCGAGUUCGUCUUCAAGCCUCCUCAAAACUAGGGAGAGACGUUCCUGGUGAGACAGAUCUUGUUGCUAACAUCCCAUGGGUCUAUGCUGGACACUUAGCCAGAAGAUUUGCAACUGAAAUUUCAAGGAGCAAUUUGUUGAAUGUCUUAUCACACCAGGCAUGUUGUAAUCCAGAGUUUAUAGACUUGCUACUGGGCUGCCUGAAGACACACUGUCACAUGUCUGUUUCUGAUGUUCUGAAACUAACUGACACUUCUUCAAAACAGUCAUUUAAUGAAUUAAUUUCGAGCAGCAAAUCACAUCAUCUCAUCAAAUUUAUAAUGGAGAAAGAAAACAUAGUAUUAAGACAGCAUGAAAUAAGAGACAUUUUCCUUGGGGUGUGCAUGAAUGCUGCUUGUAGUGUACUGACCUACAUCAGUGAACACCAGCAGCUUGAGAUAGAUGCUAGAUAUGGUUGUAAUGAGAAAACGCCACUUAUGUUAGCAGCAGAAACCAAAGACAGCUCGUUCGUUGAUCAGAUUAUGUCCCUUCACCCUGACCUGAAUGCAAGGGACAGGCGAGGUCGAACUGUCUUUUAUUACCUUUGUACAAAUGGCCUUACGUCAGCUGUGGAACAUGCGAUUAACAUGGGUGUGGAUGUUAAUAAGAAUCAUACAUUUGGCAAACACCCUCUAUACCUUGCCAUAGAAAAUGGUCACUUCGAGGUGGUGAAACUCCUGCUGCAAAAGGGAUGUCAUAUAGAUAAACAGGAAGGUUUUGCAUGUGCCGUUAGGAGCUCUAACAAGGACACGAUGCAGUUUCUUUUAGACAGAGGAGCAAAGGUUCACGGGGAUGCUGUGUACAUUGCUUGUGACUUGGGAACCUUGUCUAUCAUUAAGAUGCUGUUUGAGAAGGGUGCUACUGUUAACAUGGUGUCAUCUAAAGGAGAUACCCCUCUUCUUAGUUCAUGUGGUGGGAACCCAAAAGUUAUCUUGUUUUUGCUUGAGAAGGGAGCAAGUGUGAAUCAACUUUCAAAUUGCACUGGAAACACACCACUUCAUGCAGCAGCAGCAGGGAGGGGAUCUACAGAGUGUGUUGAUGUAUUACUGAAGGCUGGAGCUAAUGUGAAUGUACAGAAUAAUACAGGUGACACACCACUUCAUACAGCAGUAAUACGGGGAUCUACAGAGUGUGUUGAUCUAUUACUGAUGGCUGGAGCUAAUGUGAAUGUACAGAAUGAUUCAGGUGAAUCACCACUUCAUAAAGCAGAAGCAGCAGCAGCAGUAUGGGGAUCUGCAGAGUGUGUUGAUGUAUUACUGAAGGCUGGAGCUAAUGUGAAUGUACAGAAUAUAACAGGUGACUCACCACUUCAUACAGCAGCAGCAGCACGAUGGGGAUCUGCAAAGUGUGUUGAUCAGCAGCAGCAGCAGUAUGGGGAUCUGCAAAGUGUGUUGAUGUAUUACUGA